AUGCAGGGUGUAAAAGCUAAGACUGGGCCAUUGGAUCAAUUUGGAAAUGUGAAGAUACCGCGGCUGCCAGAUGCAAACACCUCGGACGAGGAUUCAGACGGAUGGUUUUCAACGGCCAGAGGGAAUAUACGACCUGAGGAGUACUCAUCGCUCUUGGGAAUUCCUAUCAUCGGUCUCUCCGGGCUCGAUGCUGCAAAAGUCGAGUUUACUAUCGAGACUUCAUAUGUGGACGUUUCAUGCCCAAAGGUGGAAUUUAUAGCCAAUGAACAGCCAACUCGUGGAAUAAACAUCACAUGCUUAGACUGCGGUCGGUCAGCCAGCAGCAGUGACCUCUAUAAUACGCGACUAGAAGGUUUCCUCGGUCCUCCCUUUCCCGAGCUUACAGCAGCCCAGAAGUUGAAUGCAUCAUACACCCAGCCGAGAACAAUUCAGUUUAGUUCUGCAAAUACCAUUGGCGGACAUUCGUUCAAUGGAACAUCACAAGCAGCCUGCACCAUAACUCAACGCCUGGUGGAGGUAUUCAUCGAAUGUUUAAAGGAUGAUUGCGCUGCUACCAAGAUUCGCCCAUCAAAAGCUGACCAUCGAGGGGCAAACUUUACUAGCUUCGACUUCUGGGCCAGUGCGGUUUUGGACAUGAUUUCCCAAACAAGCCAAGAUGAAGCCAGAGGCAGCCAAGUCACGUUUGGAGCGAGUACUUCCGAGUUGUUCCUGAAUAAUUCCAACGCUGUUCCACUGCAGCAGGCGCAGACUUUCUUUUCGAUAGGAAAUACAGUGACAAAUCUGUCCACCGUUAGCGCUGAUCUCUUUUCGGCGCGAGCAUCUGUGUUAUUGAACACGGGUCUUCAGGCUUUCAUGUGCCCCACUGGCUUUGCGGGUAACUUUUCUACCAACUUGGCUUUGUAUGGUCCCGAUCACACGCCAACCGAUGGUCUGGCCACAAUUUUCAAUGAAUCUUCCUUGUCGGUCGUUGAUAUCAUCAACGGGGGAUUUGCUGGAUUGGGUGAUACAAUAAUUUUCGUCGCGGCAUCCACCAAUGCCACGGUGACGCGGCAAACCGAGGUCUACCAACCUACUAAUUAUUAUGUUUGGGUCGCCAUUCUCGCCAUCUCUGCGACAUUCCUCUUCCUAAUGGGAGUUAUCGGACUUUUCCUACGGUUUGCCACGAUAGCUCCAAAUGUCUUCGAUCCUGUUAUGGGCCUGACCUAUGGGAACAAGUAUAUGACUUCAGCUUCACAACAGAGCCCCUUGGAUGCGGAGGACCGAUUCAAAGCUCUUGCCAAUGAGCGCAUCCGGCUUGGAUUUGUGGAAAGCAAUGACAUGGUUGCGAAAGUGGUCUUUGGCGAAGAAGCCCGGGUCAGCCCUUUGAGUAAGAAGAUGAAGUAUUACUGA